ACGAUCUCAUGCAGUAUUUCAGGCCUCGAGGUGCAGUUCCCUAAUGACAGUGUUCAGCAACUGAAGCGGGCGCCAUGGACAGAAGUGCUUGGCUUGUUGGGAGACAACGGGGAAGAGAUCAUGCUAAAACUUCUCCUGGAUUGUGGAAUAUUUGUGGCCGUUAAUCAGCAAAGAGGAAUUUAUUUCCAAUUAAGUGGACUCCCUCUAUCAACACUUGAACCUGUAAACAAGGUGCCUCAAAGCCAUCUGGCUCCAAAAAAUGCACUUUCCUCUGUGACAAGCAACCCUGUACCAGCGUCUGAUCGCAAGGAGACGAAAAAGAAUACAAGCACUUCUGACUGCCAGCCGACCACACAGAAGCCAGCUCCUGUUGUCUUCCAUCGCCGACGUAUUCUGUAUGCUUCUCCAGUGCUUGAUUCGAAAGGAAAGAUACAGUUUGGGAUGAAGAGUCGUGAGUCAGCCAAGAUCAAUAGUUUGGCCCCUUGGCUAACGUUGCAGAUGUUCUGAACCGUUUCCCUUCUUCCACAUCGCUCGCGCACACUACUCAUGUGUUGAAAUACAUAUUUCCCAAACAGUUUGGCUUGCACAAUGUCUUUUCGAGCGU